UGGUAAUUACAGCGCUAUCGAGCUCUCACUUUUUGCGAGAUGAUCAGCUUGACACCCACCCCAAGAGCUGCAAACAUUGCUCGGCCUGCGACCUCCCGCGUUUGCAGACGCUUCAUUCCGGAAGCUGGAGGCAUGAUGGAUGCUGCGGCAUGUGCAGUUGCCGCAGGUGUGCUGUCUGCUGGUGCCGCGGCGGCUCGACAAGUGCCGCGGCGCGCCCGGCCGCUGCAGCGGACGCGGCCCAGCAGUGGAUGGAAGUUGUUGAAGCAGCUGCCACUGCUGCAACUUCCGCAGCCGGUGCUUCCAACGGUUCUGGUCCAACCAAUUGAUGAACCUGUGACUUUGGUGGACUGCGGAAGUGGAUCUACCAGAGCGCUCUUCUUCACUGAUGAUGGCUUGUCUCAUGUGUCAUGGGAAAAAUCCGAUUGGAGAGGCGAUCCUUUGGCAGUGGCACUUGGAGAUGAUUUAAAACUCGAGUCUUUGCUUCGGCUCUUGGAGAAUGAACUUCCAAAAACUGGUCGUGUGCUGCUUGGAGCAACAGCUGGCGUACGUCAAGCCAUGCAGGACGGAGCGUUGGCGCACGAGCAAUUGGACCUUUUUCAAGAUCGUUUAGAUGGGAUUUUUGGACGACGUGCGCGUUUCAUGGUGCUGAGCGGUGAAGAAGAAGCAAGAGCUGAAUGGGAAGCACUGCAGCAUGCUUUAGACUUUGCGCCAGAUUUGCGGCAAGACCUGUUUCAUGGUAUGCUUUCUGGCGGUGGCAUGUCCUGUCAACUUGCCUGGCGAGGCAAUGGACCCUCUCCAGAGCUAUUCAGCUUCCGCAAUGGUGUCUUGCAACCAGGAGGGCUGGCAGAUAAAGCAAGUCAACAGAAGAUAUUUGGAGCUGAGCUGCAACAAGAACUUGCCACAGUUCAGUUCCUGACCGAACAAUUAGUUUCAGAUUUGCCCCAAGCCAUGAAGGGAAACUUUGCGUUGGUCGAAUGGCUUGGACUCUACGUGGCUGGUGAGUCAACUGACAGAGAUUUGGUGAUGGGUCUCGGCUACAAUAAGUGGUUGACCCACCAGCAGGUCUCAGAGGCUGUGGCGCAACACUUAGCUCAGCUACAUAAGGAGCAUUUCAGCGGAGUGGCUCAACCGAUUUGUCGCAGAUCAGCAAUUUCCUGGGUCUAUGGCAUCAUUUUGCAGAACAUGCUGAAGGUUUGCUUUGAUCCAAAUGCAGAAUUCUACUGCCUGAAAGGUAUCAAUUGGAGCACCGGCCAUUACUUGAUGCACAAGGAGAGCAUAGAAGAGAAGCCCAAGCAGAUGAUGCUCCAGACAAGUUAGGACAGGAGCAGCAUGGAGCAGCACAGACUGCAGGAGAUGUAGUCGCGAUCGAAGAAGUCUUCAGGAUCUUGCGAUUGCUUUUGAGAUCCUGCAGAUCUGCUCCAGUCGAUUCCAGUUGAUUCCAGUCGAUUCAUAAAUAAUUGCAGGGACCAAGGGGCCACAGGUGUCCACCUAAAGGUGCAUCGUGGGUAACUCGAGCAAAUCGAGAUCUUCAGUCGCUGAGAAGACAGCUUGUGCUGGCGCUUUGCAGCGGCUCACGAAUCACAAGUCUUUUACAUGAGAUCCUGCUGAAGUAUU